AUGAUAGUUUUUAUUAUAACUGCGUUAAUUAAAAUAACGCUAUUAAUAAAGCUUGUGAAAUUAGAGGAUGACCCCACAGUAUUUUUUAAUAGAUUCAAAAAUAAUUUUCACCGUGUGUAUUUUAAUCCCUAUAGUGAACAGAAAGGGUAUGCCAAUUUCCUUAAGAAUAUGAAUGAAGUUAAAAAACUGAAUGAGGAACAUCCAGGUAGAGUUAUUGCUUAUCAAUUGAACCGGUAUGCAGAUCUGGAUCCAGCUGAUAUCAAAGAGCAUUUUGGGAUAGAUAUUUCACCUUAUGAUCACGUAGAGGAUGAGAAAGAAGCGAUAGCACGAAGAGAAAAGCAACACAAGUUUUUGGAAGAAAUGCACCUCUACGACUUGAACGAAGUGGAAGAUUUGUACGAAGAGUGGGUCAAAAGAUUCGGAAAAGCUAAUUUUACCAAAAAGUUGGAACAAACGAUCCAUUAUUAUAGGUUUGUGAAAACUGUUGUUGAAACCAAUAAGAAGAAUUUUGCGGGACAAAAUGUAAAACUUGGUGCAGACGCUGAUGUUCUUAAGGAACCUGAUCAAUAUUUCUAUGGAUAA